UCUGGUGCGCAGACCUGUUUUAUUUGCUCGUUUGUGACCCGAGGACAAGCGGCGGAACUAAAGCGCGCGGAAGCUGUUUCCGGGGGGACGCUUUUAGCGCGCGGCCGCCGUGUGUUUACGUUUGAACGCUCUGCGCAUCUGCGGACAUGUCCACUCUGUUCCCGUCUCUGUUCCCGAGAGUGACCGAGACUCUGUGGUUUAACCUCGACCGGCCCUGUGUGGAUGAAGCUGAACUACACCAACAAGAACAACAACACCAGACCUGGUUACAGAACAUCGCAGAGAAGGAUAAUAACCUGAUGCCCAUCGGUCGGCCCAUCUUUGAGACCUUUGAUGAAGAAGAGGAGGAGGACGAUGAAGACGAGGAGGACAGUGAGGAAGACUCCGAAGAUGAUGAAGACAUGCAGGACAUGGACGACAUGAACAUCUACAACGAGUUUCCUGAUGAUGGAGAAAUUAAUGAGGUGGACAUGGAAGGAGCGGAUCAAGACCAGGACCAGUGGAUGAUCUAGACCAGGUCUAGACCAGACCUGUCACCCAGAUGCUCUCGGUGUGGUUUUGCUGUUGCUUUUUAAAGGCUUUGCACAAGAAGAGCUACGAUGGACUGGGGAAAGAACGUCGGACUCUCCACACACACACACACACACACACACACACACACACACACGCACACACACACACGCACACACACACACACACACACACACACACACACACACACACGCACACACACACACACACACACACACACUGCUGAGUUACUCUCCGUUUCUGCAGGUCAUUAAACAUCUACUUUAGAACAUCAACCUUCGGCACCCAGAGAUUAGAGACGGCUUCGAGCUGCGUGUCUCAGAACGGUGUGCUUGUAAAUAAAUUUGUAGUCAAUUAUUAA